AUGGGGAGAGCCGAGGCAGGAUCGACCAAAGCCAUCUCCAACAAGCUUAAGAGCAAGGGCCUUACGCGAUUACGAUGGUACUGCCAGGUCUGCGAGAAAGCAUGUCGAGAUGCGAAUGCAUUCAAGAUGCACUGCAUGUCGGAGUCGCAUGUGCGGAACAUGGUCAUUGUCGGCGAGAACUCGAAGGCCUUUAUCCAAGAUUACAGCGACAGACUCCUCAAGGACUUUAUCGGCCUCUUGAAGACCGCGCACGGCGAGAAGCAAGUCAACGCGAAUCAUUUCUACCAAGAGUACAUCGCCAACAAAGACCACAUCCACAUGAACGCGACAAAAUGGAACUCCCUAUCCGAAUUCGUCAAGUACCUCGGCCGCGAAAGCAUCUGCCGAGUCGAAGAUACCGAAAAGGGCCUGCACAUCGCGUGGAUCGAUAACUCCCCCGAAGCGCUCAAGAGACAGGAGGCGCUGAGGAAGAAGGCGCUGCAGGAUCAGGGCGAUGAGGAGCUUGAGACGAGGAUGAUUCGGGAGCAGAUACGGAGGGCGCAGGCCGCGCAGGCGGCGAAGAGGAAGGAGGAGCAAACGGAAGCGAAGGAAAAGGAGCUGAGCCUCCCAGAGGGCGAGGCUCUCAAGAUUUCGUUUGGUCCCAAGACGGCGGGCAAGGACUCGAAAGCGGAGGUUGCGGAUAAGACCAGCGAAUCGCUGGGAACAACAAAAGAAGGAGAAGCACCCGAGAGCAAGGACGCAGCCGAGUCAUCUGAGAAGAAGGACACUAAGCCUGCCGGGUUGGGAGGCUUUUCAAUGAAGAUGUCGUCUAAGCCGCAGGCCAAGAAUGUGUUUGCGCAAGCAAAGAAGAGCAAACCGAAGGCAGUCAUGGCGGAACAGCCGAAGAAGAUGAGCGAGGCGGAACGGAUAAUGAAGGAGGAGAUGGAGAGGAAGAGGGCGCGGGAGUCUUCUGGGUUCGGUGGGCCUUCUGCUAAGAAGCGGAAGAACUUUUAG